UUCAUUUUGUGUGCAAUUAAUAAAGGACUGUACGGAUAGUGAUACUGCUGUGGAUUACAUUAGAGUGAAUGAUAACCUGAGAAGGAGUCUACGUGGUGAGCUCUCAGAUCAUGUUAAACAUAAAGCUCCCACGGAUGCCAAGUCAACAGAUGUGGCAUGGGCUACAUCUCUGUAUCCAUUCAGUGCUGAAGGGCCAGGAGAACUGAGUUUUAUGGAUGGAGAGAAGAUUGUGUUAACAAGGAGGAUCGAUGAACAGUGGCUGGAAGGAAAUAUUGAUGGUAAAGUGGGUGUGUUUCCAGCAAACUAUGUCCAAAUUGUGGUGGAUGUACCCAAGGUUGGAUUAAGCGAGACUGAGCAAAUGAUUUCACAGACAAAUCAACAACAUACAGAUGCUAAUGAUAAGUGCAAAGAUAUGCAGGGAAAAGCAUUGUAUAAUUUCAAUGCAGACACAGAUCAAGACUUGCCUUUAAGAUGUGGUGAGAUUAUAACUAUUGUUGAAAAAGUUGACGCUGAUUGGUAUGAAGCAAGAAAUUCCUCUGGUCAGGUUGGAUAUUGUCCUGUCAACUAUGUAGAACUCUGCCCAGGUAAACCUAAAAAGAGGCUUGCACCUAAACCCCCAAUUAAAGCUGUACCACCAUCUCCAUGUGUAACAUCUGACAUCACAGUUAAAGAACAGACAACAACAGUACUGCAGCCACUAGAUCCCAUGCCCACUCAAACAUUAGCUCCUGUUCUAGCACCUUCACUGACCCCUGCACCUGCUCCCAUACUUACACCAAUGCCAGCACCUGCUCCAACAAAGGCCCCCACAUCAGCAUUGUCAUCUGCACCACCAGUCACAUCAACCACCAGUGACAGUACAGCUCUGAUAACAUCACCAACAGGAUCAAAACCCAAACCAGCAUUAAAACCUAAACCAACUUCACCAUUAAAAGAACAUACAACUGCAAUACAUGGUGAAGGUGAUGGAAUCUCACCAAACAUAGAUUUAAAUGCAGUACAUGGUGAAAGUGAUGCAGCAUCACCAAAUGUAGAUGAUCUAUUUGGUGACACUGCACCUACUGUGGAUCCUCUCUUACCAUCAGUCUUCAGACCAGGUGGCAGCACAUAUAAGCAUGUAUCAUUUAUUCCAAAGGGACUUUCAUCAUCCAACAGUGUAGACUCAAGCAAGGGUGACACGUUACAUCGUCAAGAUGCUAUAAGAAGUCCUCCACAAACUGAUUUGAGUUUUUUUGAUGAUGCUGUUUUGCAGCCAACUACAGUACAGAGCAAUGCGGAGAGCUCCAUGCUUUCUCUUCCCCAGAAGACUUUACUUGAUGCUAGUCCUUUGAUUGAAACAUCAGGGGAUAUUCUCGCUCCAUUGAACGCUGCUCCAGUCAUUGCUAAGACUUCAAACUUUGAUCCUCUUGCUCCAAAGCCAUUUACUCCUGGAGCACCAAAAGGAGUCAAGUCUGUUCAAGGUCCAACAGUGGGUGGAUCCAAGAGUACAUCGUCAGAUUUUGAUCCUUUUGGUACUGCUGUUCCUCUACAGAGUAAGAUGUUACACAGUGUCCCACCUCCUGUUCCAUCCUCAGCACCUUCAGCUCGUCCUACGUUAGAGACCAAAUUAAGGUCCAUAUCACAAAUUAGUCAGGAUUUGGAUGAUUUCUUUGGUACAUCAGACAAUUAUACCUCCAAAGUAAGUACAUUGGAUAGUAUUGAGAGUACCCCAUCAGAGACACUGACACCCCAACCGCCAACAUUUGUGCCAUUCACUCAAGUGUCCGCUGCCCCACCCCCUAUUCCACCAAGACAGCCUUCACCGAAUCCAUUUUCCGCAACGUCAGUCACUGAUUCACUCAAACACUCCAAUCCAUUCGCUGCAUCUGAAAGCUCACAGCAAUCACAAAGUGCAAUAACAGAGCUACAGCAUUCAUCAUCCAUUUCAUCACCUGAUCAGAUUCCAUACCAGGUUGUCCCAAAAUGGCAUUCUAAGAACUAUAGCAUUGAUAGUGUUACCUCUGAAUAUUCUGAUGAUGGAGCGGGUUACUACCACGGUUUAAAUUUUAGUAUUAACCCAGCACCUGUACAUAAUGAAGAACAAGGGCCCUUCAGUUUUAAACUACCACCUCCACCAUCAUCACCGCGUAGAACUCGUCUUGCCUCAGAUGAGAGACCCAAAUCUCCGAAAUAUAAUCAAAAGACAGCUGUGCCUAGGCCAAAGUCCAAGAAGACCUCAGAGGAUGGUGGAUUGUUAUCUCUAAGUACACCUCCUGCUUCCAGGAGAAACAACAUUAACAAGUUAAAAGUUUCUGAAGCAAUUGAAAGCUUUGAAUGGAAUGUUGGUGAAUUACAACGCAAAGAUACCAUUGAGGAUGAAACUGAUAUGCCACCUCCAUCUCAUGCACCACCUUCAUUAUUAAUAGAUGUGGAUAAUGAAGUAGCAGCGCUUACUGGUGGGUCAGGAACUGUUUCAGAGUCCUCAACCUCAGCCGUAGAUGAUUUGCUUGGAUUUGGAAUUGAUACAUUUAGUAGCAGUCCCCAAACAGUCAGUAGUAAUGUAGCCAAACCAUCAAGACCUGCUCCUCCUGCCCCCCAAAAAGUUGCUAUGCCACUCAGUGUAACUAUGAGUUUACCAGUUGCUAUGCCACUCAGUGUAACUAUGAGUUUACCAGUUGCUAUGCCACUCAGUGUAACUAUGAGUUUACCAGUUGCUAUGCCACUCAGUGUAACUAUGAGUUUACCAGUUGCUAUGCCACUCAGUGUAACUAUGAGUUUACCAGUUUCUAUGCCACUCAGUGUAACUAUGAGUUUACCAGUUGCUAUGCCACUCAGUGUAACUAUGAGUUUACCAGUUGCUAUGCCACUCAGUGUAACUAUGAGUUUACCAGUUGCUAUGCCACUCAGUGUACCUUGUUGUAAAGCACCACCAGCUGGUAGACCACCUCCACCAAAAAAGCUGCCACCUGGAAGGCCAGCGCCACCUAAGAUGAGACCACAGACAAUUCUAGAAGAAGAUCUAUUGGGACCAAUGAGACCUGGAAGUGAGUGUUCGGCCAAAGGAAUAGAGUUAGAUAUCUUGUUUGGUAAUGUUGAGAAAGUCAUUGAUGUAUCUGAGAGAUUUCUAGAAACUUUAGAAGAGAAUGUUGCUAGGCAACCAACUGAGAACCAGGUGGCAGGUCAAUGUUUCAUCAAUUACUCUGAGGAACUAGAAGAUAUUUAUUCUCAUUAUUGUAGAAACCAUGAUGAUGCUAUAGCUUUACUUGAAAAGGCCAAGAAAGAAGAAAUACAGAGGUUGGAACAGAUGAUGAAAGUUGUGAGUGAUGAGAACUGUGAUGAAGUAAAACACCAGUUAGAAGCAUGUGUAUCUGAGGUGGAUAUACUAAGAAAUGAAGAAACUAAAUUAACAGCUGAGUUGCGUGACUUGAAGCCAGAUCCUGUCGCUGAUUUGAAGAAAAAAAAUGAAGAAAUGAGAAAUAAAGUAAUCGAUGAAUUGAUGAAAACUGAGAGAGAUUACGUCAAAGAUAUAAAACUGUGCUAUGAUGGCUUUAUUGGAUCUCUCAAAGACCAGAAAGUGACAGAAGAUGAUCAUGCAGAUAAACACAACUUACUAGUAGCUAUAAAUACAAUGACUGAUGUUGCCACGGCAAUCAAUGAAUUUAAGAGGAGAAAAGAUUUAGUGAUGAAAUAUAGGAAAUCAGAUGUAGACUCGAUUUCAAAUAAACUUGGUAAAUUAAGUUUACAUUCCAUACGCAAAAAAUCUCAGAGGAUGAACCAAAGACUGACACAGAUGACAGGUUUAGUCACACAGACUGUUGAUGAGAAAUUUAAUGAAGAAGAGAGAAAAUUCAGGGAUUUAGAGAAGACAAUUAAAAUAUUUGUAAAGGAUGUGAAUUCCUAUCUAGAGAAGUUACAAGAAUCUACUUCUUCACAAGCAGUUGUUGCUGAGGAUAUUGCUGAUUACUAUGCCAAUCAGGCUAAUUUAGAUGAAGUUGCUAAAUACAGUAAAUCCCAAAGAGAUUUGGCAAAUAAGCUCUACAAAAACUAUACAUUAUUUGUUCAGCAGAGAGUGGUAUCACCUUUGAACUCAUUACUAAUCAUGUUUCAAGGACCUCAUAAGUUAAUACAGAAGAGAUUUGACAAACUGCUGGACUAUGACAGUGUGUUGCACAAAGCAGAAAAAGGGAGCAAAGAGAAGGCAAAG